UUUGCUCGCAUAACACAAGAAAAACCACCGCUCGCCAACAUGAAGUUAUUCGUUGUUCUGUUCGCCAUUGUGGCUGUUGCCAGUGCUGGGUACCACGCGCAGCACAUCCAUGUUGCCGGCAACCCCCCCAUCCCAGGCGUACAGGCUCACCCGCUCGCCCUCCACGGUAACGACCACACCACCCGCCUCCACUACUCUGGUGGGCACGUAGGGCAUCCGCAUUUGGUGGGAGUCGAGCAUUUCAACCCGGCGCCGCACUAUGAGCCCAGCGUCACCAACGUGGCCACCCACGGACACGGCGGCGACUGGCAUUAGAUCCCCUCACCUGAGCCAGCAGACCCGCUGGUCCGGAGUGGUCCAUGCCGAACCCGCCAUCCUGAGGCUGACAUGAGGCAGCGAAUUAGCGACCACCACGAUUGGUGAACGAGAACAACGAGCGAAGCCUCUGCCGAGAGCUUUUUCUUUUUCUAUCUCAUCGGCAAGACGUUUCAAUUCCGCGCGAGAUCGCUCGCCGAAGAUUAUGGAUGUUCCGGCCUUGAGGGUCGAGGAUCUCCGAGUCCUAGGAUCGAGGAUCACGGAGGAAUAUCGUUCGCAAAAUUGCAAUAUAUUGGCAGAUCGAAAUGAAAUUCGACUGCCUCAGGAUAGCCGCCAUGUCUUGGGCCACUCCCGAGGACCAUUCCCAGAAAGACCAGGCAAUCAGACUUGAGAAAAGCCUCCCCCGUCACUCUCACAUUUUCUUUUCGUUUUACCUUGACGCUACAUAUGACACGCAUCGUACGAACACCGAUGAACAAAUCAGGUCCUUUCGUGCUCAUUCGCCAUCUCAUUCCGUCGACAUCGAAAUUCUGUGCGGCGUAUUAAAGAAGAGACCACGACAUCACACACUGCGGCCAUCUCUUCCUGUCCCCACUAUUCGUCUUCCGGCAGCAACACUUUUAUUUAUUUUAUAAUAAAAGUCGAUUUUUACGUCUUGUGAUAAAAUGCGUCGUUUUAUUCGAUCUUGCCCCGAGUGCAUAUCUUUCGUAAUUGCAAAAUAGCGCAUUACGUCACCAAAGUUUUUUUUUCUUAACCCUUAGAUCGCAUAUAAGAUGAGAUGAAACUGCAGAGAUAAAAUGCGAUAACGAUACAAACGUUGAAUAAUUGUAAAAUGAAACGAGAGCUAGAUU